AUGGAUAAUGGUUUGCAGCCGAGCGCAGUAGCAGGCGCUUACCCGUUGAGGUUGCUGGAAGGAGCAAGUAGCCUCAGAGCGCAGAACGCACUGUGCGAUGUUACUUUGGAAGCCGAUGGGGUGGCUUUCCCAGCCCAUAAAGUCAUCUUAGCUUCGGCAAGCAGCUACUGCAGGGUUCUCUUCAUAGGCAACGCUGUAAACCCCGAAGCAAACAAUGUGAAGCUGAAAGAUGUGAGCGCUCGAGGGCUCAAGCAAGUGCUGGAUUUCAUUUAUACCAGCAAGCUGGAGCUGAGCAGGAGCAGCUUGGAAGACACACUCAAGGCAGCUGAAAUCCUGCUGGUCCGGGAUGCUAUUAAGCUGUGCUUCAAGUUCCUAGAGGAGAACCUGAACCAGGAAAACUGCUUGGAAGUUCUCAACAUCGCCAAAAAGUUCUGCCCAGACGAGCUGAGGCAGAAAGCUGCCUCCUACGUCGGCCGACAGUACAAAACGAUCCUGCAAGACCGCCAGCAGCUGGUGGAGCUUGACGAAGACACUCUCCGAGACAUCUUGAACAAGAGCGAGCUCUGUGAGUACAGCGAACUGGAGCUCUUCGACUGCGUCAUGACAUGGCUGCGCCACGACAAGGAAAGAAUCAAAGCGGCGAGGGACCUCUUGAAAAGGAUACGGUUCCCUCUCAUCUCCGCGGAUGACCUGCAGAAGUUCGUCCAGGAGACGUCCGUCAUGAAGACUGACUCCGAGUGCUUCAGCUACCUGCAGGAUGCUCUGAGGUACCACUCGCAGCUGUACGCUCAGCCCGCGCUGCAGUCCCAGAAGACCCAGAUCCGCUCGGACUCGGAAAACCUGCUGGUCCUGGGGGGCAGGACCAGCGACAACAAAGUCUGCAGCGACAUCUGGGCUGCAGACGAGGAAUGCAGCGGGUGGAAAAAGCUGGGGGAGCUGUGCGCUCCGGUGUACAAUCACUGUGCUGUUGUUAUCGGCAACUUCUUGUUUGUUAUUGGAGGACAAUACAAGUUUGAAGCAGCAGGGAAACAGCCAACAAACGAAGUGGCUGGGAUGUUAGAGAAGAGGACCCGCUUCCACGCAGGUGUGCUAUCGGACCACAUCAUUGCCGUGGCAGGUGGCACCCUGCUGGGCAACCUCACCAACACAGUGGAGGAGUACAGGCCCACGGACAACAAGUGGGCUUUUACUGCGCCUUUCCCCCUGGCCGUGGCAGACCACGCAGGAACCACGCACAAGGGCAUCCUCUACAUUUCAGGAGGGUUCUCAGCAGGACAAUCUCUAAAUGACUUGUACAGCUACCUCCCCCGACUCAAACGCUGGGUCAUCAAUCGCCCGAUGACAUUUCCCCGCUGUGACCAUGGCAUGGCUACAGUUGACAACAAGAUUUUCUGUUUAGAUGACUGGGUGCAUGUGAACGAGACAGAAUACUACUGUCCGGAGUCCGACCAGUGGACAACACUCAAGGUGUCUCCCUUUGACUGCUCUCAGUUCAGCCUGAUUGCACAUGGCUCCAAGCUCUACAUCGCAGGAGGAGGGUCGCUGCGGGAAAUGAACAAGAAAGAGGUGUAA